AUCUUUAUACAUGGUUCACUGUAUCACUGAAGAACAACCAGGGAAGUGUUUAGACAACCUUUGAUAAUACCAGCACACUGACAUUCUCUUAUUCAUGCUUUAGCUGCUACUAAGCUUAGGCUUCUUCAAGAAACUUUAGCCAUAGAUAUGGAUUUUUCUCAAAAGGAGGGCUAUAUAGACUCAUUAUAUAUAUAUAUAGGGACAUCACAGCAAUGAACCACCCCCACAGCCUUUUUGCUCUUCUACAGACCCACUUGCCUGCUAUAGAGUCAAAAACAUCUUUCUUUCUUUCUCUACUAUACAUUAUUAUAUUAUAUUGUUGCUCAGGUAUCAACCCACUUCAUGUGUUAUCCUUGAGAGCUUUUUGUUAUCCAAGAAAGAGCAAAUAGAUCAAAUCAGAGGGCACCUUCUGAAGAGACAGAUCCUUCACUUCCCCAUACUUGCUCAACCAAACCCCCUCGGUUCUUUAAAAGUAAAAACCUAUCAGGCUAUAUUAAGCAUCACUUGUCACUUGCCAGCUAUCCUAUCUAUCCAUACAAGUUUGAUCUGAACAAGAACCAGAUUAAUAUUUUGUAUAUCUCUGGUGGUGAUUGUCAUAUAAAGGAACUGCUCACAGUGUAAACCACACCAGAACCAGAGCCAGAGCCAGAGCCAGAAUCUGAACCAGAGCCAUUGCCAUUCAUUUUCUCUUUUAAUCCAUUUUUUCAAAUAUUCAACUCAGUUGUCCCCAUGAACAUGGACAUGGACUCCUCCUCCCAGCAAUGGGGAAGCCAACAGGAGCCAGAUCAGCACCAGAACCAGGCAAAAGUCUCAAAGCUUCAACUGAUGACAGAUGAACAAGAGAUCCAUGCCUCUGCUCUUCCAUUAUUUGCAGCCACUCCUAUAAACCACACCAGAACAACAAGCACCCCCACCCUGACCCCAUUUCCACCUGAUUCAUCCCAUACUAGUAGAUUCUCAUGGGGGGCAGGAGGAGGGAUGGUAGGUUUAUUCAGUUUGGCACAAUGGCAGGAGCUGGAGUUACAGGCCUUGAUCUACAAAUACAUGCUGGCCGGGGCUCCAGUGCCUUUGGACCUCAUUCUCCCCAUCAGAAAAAGCCUUCUCUCUGCACACCCUUACUAUCACCACCACCAACUUCAAUACCAGCACUUCCCUACACCUGCUAUGCUACAGAGCGGGUACUGGGGGAGGUGUGUGAUAGACCCUGAACCAGGAAGAUGCCGAAGAACUGACGGCAAGAAGUGGAGGUGCUCAAGGGAAGUGGUACCGAGCCAUAAGUACUGUGAGCGCCACGUUCACCGCGGCCGAAACCGUUCAAGAAAGCAUGUGGAAGUCCUCGCACCCACACCAACUACUACUACCAAAGACGACGACGGCGACGACAACAACAACAACAACAACAACAACCAUUUUGCUCCGCAUCACCAUCACCAUCACCACCAAACCAGCAGAGGAACAGAAGAUGAUGGUAGGCAGAGCUACUGCACUAACUAUCCAGACCAGAACGAGGGCCAUGUUUUGAGGAAGUUCUUCAAUGAGAGACCAAGAUCACAAGGACAGCAGGAGAGCAUCUCCAGUGCUAGUGGUGGUGGUGGUAGCCAACAGACCCUUCUCUCCAUCUCCAUUCCUGGGGAUGUGUCUUUGAAACUAUCAACAGGCUCAAGCAAAGACAACGGAGAUGGUGGUGGUGGAGCGCAUCAUAAUGCCCAGCAAUCUCCAGCUAAUCUUAAUGUUAAUGUUAAUGUUAAUGCUAAUGCUAAUAUUAAUAGAAAUUGGUCUGAGUGGGGACAUGGUAAUGAGAAUGAAAAUAAUGGAGAAACGGCAAGUGGGGGCCCGCUUGCAGAGGCACUUCUCCGUUCGUCAACUUCCACAGCAUCACCGACUAGCGUGUUGCAAAAGCCCUGUGGGAUCUCCGCAUCUGAAACCAGUAGUAUCAGUAUCUCAAGUUGAUCUGUGCCUUAUUUGUUGUUUUGUUUGUCAUAUUGUCGGGUGUGUGGGUCUUUGUUUCUUUAUGGGUUGCUGAUGUUCCAAGUGGAGAACUCUCUCCCUCUCUCUGUCUCUGCUUUGUCACUUAGUGUCUUGUAUUGAGUCUCUAUUAUUAUUAUU